GAGUGUUAUAUUAUUGACUAAACGUUUAACAUAUAAUAAAGUGAUUACAUAUUAUUGUAUUAAUAAAACAGUUAUACGUUUGUAUCAAUUGGACAAACAAUUAGUCAAUCAAUAUAUCGAUUAAUUUGACAAAAAAAACACAAAUUGAUUGAAAACAAUCACACAUUUAAUAAUCAUUUGAUUACAAUUGAUAUAUCACUGAAGAGACCAAUUGAAGAGCAAAUAGUUAUGGAAAACCUUCAGAAGAAGCCAUCGAAAGGAAUAUUGAAGUCUUCGUCGAGUUUUGAACAGCAAAACGAAUGCCAAACACAACACAAACACGAUAACUCGGCUGAUAAGGACAUCAAAUGGGAUGAAAUCAAUAUUUUACAGACAUUACAUCCACCGGACAAAGAUUACGGUCAUAUGAAGAUCGAGGAGCCAAAGACACCGUAUAAUUACUAUAGCGAUACCACCGAUGGUGAGCAUGUGUUAGACGCCGAAGCGUUGGCCGAUAGUAUUGCUAAAAGAAGUGAUGAAUUGCCGACAGUUAUGAAAAGUUCGUCGGAUGAAGAAGAAGAAGAAGAAGACGAUUUCGAAAAUCUAACCGAAGAGGAGAAGAAAAAGAGGCGCGAGUUUGAGUUCAAACGCAAAGCACAUUAUAAUGAGUUUCAGGCCGUGAAGUUGGCCCGAAAAUUGCUAGAAGAAGAGGAUGACGACGACGACAAUGACACACAACAGUCAUCAUCACAACAGCCACAAGAGUCAGCUGAUGAUAACGACAAUAUCGAUUCAGAAGAUCAACGAAAUGGGGACCACAGUAACAAUGAUGAGGUGUUUGAAGCAUCUGCUGAACAACCAAAUGACAGUUAAGAUAAUACCUGAAAUCACUUGAGAUCUCUCUCUUUCUCUUUACUGAUAUUUGUCUCUCGCAUGACAUGACUAUUACUGUCACAACUUAUUUCUUGAAUGUUUUUUAGAGCUGUUUUAUCUAUCGUUUAAUUUUGUCUUUAUUUCGUUUAUUAUAAAUUUGUUACAAAUGAUUGUUUUCUUUGUAAUGAUAAUCAAAAAAAAACUCCAAUAUCUUUGCCAAUAAUAAUCUAUUACUCCAUCUAAUGAGAUAACAAUUAUUUAUCAUAUUGUUUAUCAUCAAUUUUACAAAUUAAUAUCAUAAUUGUUGUAAAUAAUUUAAAGUUCAUAAUGAAUUAUUAUAAAAUAUAAAUUAUUGGCUUAUUGUCAAUAACUAUCAUAAACAUAAAAGAUAUAUUAUUAUUAUAUAAUAC